GAGAGCUGUGCUGAGGUACAGGGUGGUGAGGGGGAGCCCUUCCCUGCCCCGCACAAACAUGGCGGCGCUCGCCCCGCUCUAGGCCUGUGCGGGGCAACCGGCUCCAUCCGACUGGCUACAGCGAACCUGUUUUUGCACCGGUCUCCUUUCUCGUUUGCUCAGGAGUCAGCUUCCUCCGGGGAGGUGAAAGCUGAGGGCUAGGCCCUGCUCUUGCUCGGAGAGGUGCGGCUGGAGGCGGGAUCCCCGACCCGAGCGGCCGGGGACUGGGCAGCCAGGACGGUGGAGUGGAGAGGGGAUUGCUGAUUUCACCUUAGUUACUUUCUGCUGCGGAGAAUCAGGCACGAUUAAAAUUGAAACAUGCAACAGCCUAAACAAGUUCGAAUUCUGCACUUAAAUCGUUUCGACAAGCUUGAAAAAACGCUUUUUCGGCUCAAACAAGGGUAUGAAUUGCAGUUUCGCCUUGGUCCAUCUUUACAAGGGAAAGAUAUCCAUGUGCACACAAACUAUCCAAUUGACAAAGGAAACUUUGAACGUUAUCAGUUUCAUUUACUUGAGUGGCAAAAUACAACAGGAGGAGAUGACUCUGAUAAAUUCUGUGCAAUCAAUCUGCAGAUGUCUGGAUCAUUUCAAUUUUAUUUUACCUAUGGAGAUGAACAAAAGGGUGGUUCAGGCUUUUUAGUCGUAGAUCCUAUCCUACGCGUUGGACAUGACAAUGAAGUUCUGCCGUUGGACUGCAUAUGUGCCCAGACUUACUUGUCCAAAUGUUUGGGACCAUUGGAUGAAUGGGAGGAUAGGCUAAAGGUUGCCAAACAUUCAGGUUAUAAUAUGAUCCAUUUUACCCCAACACAAACUCUGGGAUUAUCCAGGUCAUGCUAUUCCUUAGCUGACCAGUUGGAACUCAACCCUGAAUUUUCUCGGCCUAAUAAAACUUACAAUUGGAAUGACCUUGCAAGGCUGGUGGAUAAGUUAAAGAAUGAAUGGAAUGUACUCUGCAUAACAGAUGUGGUCUACAAUCACACAGCUGCCAAUAGCAUUUGGCUGAAGAAACACCCAGAAUGUUCCUACAACGUUUUGAAUUCCCCUCAUUUGAGACCGGCUUGGCUUUUAGACCGAGCAUUGUGGCAUUUAUCUAUUGAUGUGACUAAAGGAAAAUAUAAGCAUAAAGGACUGCCUGCUCUUAUUGAAAAUGGAGACCAUCUUAAUUGCAUUCGUCAAAUCAUGUGGGAGGAAAUCUAUCCUAAACUGCAGUUAUGGGAAUUCUAUCAAGUGAAUGUGAAAAAAAUCGUUGCUGACUUCCGAAAUGCACUCUUGCAUGGUGAGAAGAAAAAGUGUGAUACAAAGCAGCCUCUUAAGGUUAUCCAAGACCCGGAAUUUAAAAGAUUUGGCUGUGUUGUUAAUAUGAGCUUAUUAUUGAAAAUGUUUGUGCCUCGUGGUAAUAGUCCUAAUGAGAUAGACGAAUGCUGUGGCUGGGUCUUCAGAAGAAUAGAAGAGUUAAAUUUGGAACGCUAUCAAGAAGUGCAUCGUCAUCAAGAACAGGCUGUUAACUGCAUAUUGGGGACAGUAAACUAUGAACGCCUAACAGACCAUGGCCCCAAACUUGGACCUAUUACAGCAAAAGAUCCUUUAGUAACCAGGUACUUUACAUUUGACUUUGAAGAAAUGCCUUUAGAAGAGGAAGAGCCAAUGAUGUAUCAGCCAGAAAAGGCUGUGUAUUUUAUGGCCCAUAAUGGCUGGGUGAUGGGUGAUGACCCUUUAAGAAACUUUGCAGAGCCAGGUUCUAAUGUCUACUUAAGAAGAGAAUUAAUUUGCUGGGGUGACAGUGUUAAACUACGAUAUGGAAAGAAGCCAGAAGACUGCCCUUACCUUUGGGCUCACAUGCAGAAGUAUACAGAAAUAACUGCCAAAAUCUUCCAUGGCGUGCGGUUAGACAACUGCCAUUCAACACCAAUACGUGUUGCUGAGUACAUGCUAGACACUGCUCGAAGAAUGAGACCUAAUUUGUAUGUAGUGGCAGAACUGUUCACUGGAAGUGAAGAGAUGGAUAAUGUCUUUGUGACCAAGCUGGGCAUAAGCUCCUUAAUACGAGAGGCAAUGAGUGCAGGUGACAGCCAUGAAGAAGGGAGGCUGGUUUACCGUUAUGGUGGUGUGCCUGUUGGAUCAUUCGCACAGCUAUUUGUAAGGCCUCUGGUACCCAAAAUUGCUCAUGCUUUGUUUAUGGAUGUUACUCAUGAUAACGAGUCCUUGAUUCAGCGCCGUUCUGCUCAUGAUGCUCUUCCCAGUACAACCAUUGUUUCAAUGGCUUGCUGUGCCUCAGGAAGUACAAUGGGCUUUGAUCACUUAGUUCCACACCAGAUAUCCGUGGUUGCAGAAGAGAGGCUGUAUCCGAAAUAUAAUCCUGAUGCAGGUCCAGAAUCUGCAGGGGAGCUCAGUGAAAAAUCUGGAAUCAUUGCAGGAAAACAAGCAAUUAACUUGCUUCAUCGUCAACUAGGAGCUCAAUCAUUCAAUCAGGUGUACGUGGAUCAAGUUGAUGAGGACAUUGUGGCAGUAACACGACAUUGCCCAAAUACCCACCACUCAGUAGUGGCUGUGUCGCGUACUGCAUUUAGAGACCCAACAAAAUCGUACUACAAGUCUGAACUACCUUCAAUGUGCAUCCCAGGUAAAAUAGAAGAGAUUGUGAUGGAGGCCAUGACGGUAGAGAGGAAAACUGCUCCAUACAAAAAGGAUGAGCAUUUUAUUAAUGGGUUGCCACAAUAUACAGUGGAUAUCAAAGAACAUUUGCAGUUAAAUGAGAGCAGAAUUAUUAAAGCACAAGUAACUUCUAAAGAUCGCAGUGACUAUGUCUAUGAAAUUAAGUUUGAAAAUUUUCCUCCUGGGAGCAUCAUUAUCUUCCGGGUGAGUCUAGAUCCAGAGGCCCAGCGUGCAGUUGGAUUACUCCGCUAUCAUCUCAGCCAAUUUAAUCCUUUUUACAAAGCUGGCAGCAUUGCCGACAAGAAUGCUCCACCAGCAUUGGCUCAGUCAUUUAUGUCAACAGCUGCAAAUCUUACGUUGGCUGACCUUAAUAUGUUGCUGUAUCGAUGCGAUUAUGAGGAACAGGAAGAUGGUGGAGGCUGCUACUUUAUUUCAAACUUUGGGCAUUUGAAAUAUGCAGGUUUGCAAGGAUUCAUGUCAGUACUCGCAGAUAUUAGACCCAACAAUGACCUGGGACAUCCUUUGUGUGAAAAUUUGAGGGCUGGAGACUGGAUGAUGGACUUCAUAUGUAAUCGUUUGAUUGCACGUGGGGGCAAUCUUGAAGUGGUUGGUAAAUGGUUUGAAGCAAUGUUUUCUUACCUCAAAGUCCUUCCCCGUUACCUUAUUCCAUGCUACUUUGAUGCAAUCCUCAUAGGAGCUUACUCAGUUAUCAUGGAUAUAACUUGGGGCCAAAUGUCAAGCUUUGUGCAGAAUGGCUCAACAUUUGUGAAGCAGCUUGCUAUGGCUUCACUACAGAUGUGUGGAAUCGGACGAUUUCCUGCACUUCCGCAACUAUCGUCUUCCCUGCAAGAUGUUCCAUAUAGAUUGAAUUAUAUAACUGGCGAGAAAGAACAAAGCUGUGUUUCCUUAGCAGCUGGGCUGCCACAUUUUGCUGCUGGUUUAUUCCGCUGUUGGGGUAGAGAUACCUUCAUUUCUCUCAGAGGACUACUACUAGUCACAGGUCGUACCCUAGAAGCUAGGAAUAUAAUCCUUGCAUUUGCUGGUACUCUACGGCAUGGUCUAAUUCCAAAUCUGCUUGGACAUGGAAUAUAUGCACGAUAUAAUUGUAGAGAUGCUGUCUGGUGGUGGCUUCAGUGCAUUCAGGAUUACUGCAAAAUGGUUGAGAACGGAGUGGAAAUUCUCAAAUGUCCUGUCAGUCGACUCUAUCCGACUGACCAUUCUCCAGCUCUUGCUCCAGGCUCUGUGGUGCAGCCACUACAUGAUGUCAUGCAGGAAGCCAUGCAGCGCCAUAUGGAAGGUGUAGAGUACAGAGAAAGAAAUGCUGGUCCUCAUAUGGACACACGCAUGAAAGAUGAAGGUUUCAAUGUUUCUAUAGGGGUCAACCUAGAGACAGGUUUUGUGUUUGGUGGACAUCGGUUCAACUGUGGUACCUGGAUGGAUAACAUGGGAGAAAGCGACAGAGCUCAAAACAGAGGAAUUCCAGCCACACCAAGGGAUGGAUCUGCAGUUGAAGUUGUUGGCCUUUGUAAAUCAACUGUUCGUUGGUUGACGAACCUUUCCAAAAAUUCUUUGUUUCCUUACAAUGGAGUCAAGGCCCAGCUGAAUGGAAAAGAAAUAUUUAUCACAUAUGAAGAGUGGAACAAAAAAAUACAAGAGAACUUUGAAAAGCACUUCUUUGUUACUGGGGACCCUAAUGAUCCCAAUGAAAAAUUUCCCAAUCUUGUCCAUAAAAAGAACAUUUAUAAAGACAGUUAUGGAGCUUCCAGCCCAUGGUGUGAUUACCAGCUGAGACCAAACUUCCCAGUUGCUAUGGUUGUGGCCCCUGAGCUUUUUACACCAGAAAAAGCAUGGAAAGCUUUAAAAGUUGUAGAGGAGAAGCUGCUUGGACUCCUGGGAUUGAAAACUUUAGACCCAGAUGACCAGGUUUACUGUGGUGUUUAUGAUAACUCGAUGGACUGUGACAACUUCAACGUUGCUAAGGGCUAUAAUUACCAUCAAGGGCCGGAAUGGGUGUGGCCUCUAGGAUAUUUCCUUCGUGCAAAAUUACACUUUUCAAAAGUGAUGGAAAAGAAGUUGUAUGAAGACACUAUAUAUUUAGUGAAGCAUGUUCUUUCUCACCAUUAUGAUCACUUGUCAAAGUCCCCUUGGAAAGGUCUUCCAGAGCUUACAAAUGAAAAUGGAGGGUAUUGUCCAUUUAGCUGCGAAACACAGGCUUGGUCAAUAGCUACUGUUCUAGAAGUUCUGUAUGAGCUCUGAAGUGUAAUUUUCUGUUGACAACUGCAGUGCAGUAGUUCAACUGAAGGUGGUCCUUUCGUGUCUCUCCAGAGUAUUAAAUACCACUUGCCAUUUAACUGUAUGGUUUUUGUGAUACAAUUAAAAACCUCAUUGACAUUGCUUGAACAGGACAAAGUUGUGAUCUUGUAUGUGAUAUGUAGUUAGUUGUAUUUUCUUGUGGUACGAUGAUUAGCAUAAAAGGAGCUCUUCAAAUUAAUGAUAUAAUGUGGUUGUGAUAUUAACUGUUAUAACCUUGCCUGGCUGUUAGCAACAUUACAUUAAUCUGAAACUUGCUUUAAAUUGCUAACCCAAUUAUGUAGAAUAGGAUCUAGAUCUUGAAGUUGGAACAGCUUAUGAUAAUUUGGUUAACAUGGGUGCAAUGCGCUAAUCAAAAUUUGAGCUUCAUUGUAGCUACCACCAUUGUUGUUUAAUUGGCCAAAAUAUAAAGAACCUGCAUUAACACAUUAUGAAUGGAGUAGAAAGUUAUAAUUUUAAAGCACUUUCAAAAUUAUUUUUGUGUAGCAAUGGUGAAUUAAUGUGGAAGAGAAACAUUAUCUUGUAUAACACUGUGUAGCGGCUUAUUUUAAGCGCAAUGGAGUGAAAAUUAUUUUAAGUACUUGCAUGAAAUUUGCACAUUUUAGAAUUGUACUAUGCAAAAACUGUGUUUAAAAGAAAGAUUUGGAGACGUUAUGCCUUCAAGGUCUUGAUGGUACAAUUAGUCUUAAAUUAACUGAUUAUAUUAAGAUUGCGAUGGAGUACAAGUAUAGAAUCAUAUAAUAUGCAUGUAUUUUUCUAUCUCAGUAGGGGAAGAAGUUCAGAUGCACAUUCAUGUCUGAUCAGUUUCAGCAAAUAAGAUUGUAGCAUUUCCACCAGGUCUUAAAGUCUGCUGUAAACAUUUACUUUGCUAUUCCUGUGCAGAUGCUCUUGUCUAAUACAAGAAUUGACCAUUUCAAUGCAUUAAAACCAGCAGAUUUUAAGCUUGCCUCUCAAUUAAUUAGUACUGCACUAGGUAAUGGAGGACAAAAACUGAUAGAGAUAUUUGAUCUUAUCCUCCCAGAAAACAUUUGCAACUUCAUUCCUAAGUAUAAUGCUCAACAUUCAUUGUUCAAUUGACCUUUCCAAAUGUUGAAGAAACUUGACAUGCCCCUAUUUUAAAAUGGUGUCACAUUUUGCUUGGAAUUGGGGGAAAUUAAGUUUAAAACACAGCAGCAAUUUCUACAUCCGUUUUGUGUAUUGUAAGGACGGAUAGCUACGAAUCAGACAUUGACAUUAUUUACUCUUAUGAUUAAACAUAUUAUUGCAUUAAA